AUGGGCAGCCAAAAACGCAUAGCUAAGGAGCUGAGCGAGCUCGUCGAGUCGCCUCCGGAGGGCAUCAUCGUUGAAUUGGCCGAUGAGGCCAAUCUCUACAAGUGGAAGGUGUUCAUGGAAGGGCCAGAAGGGUCACCAUACCAAGGCGGCAAAUUCAUCGUCAACCUCACCCUACCCACCGAAUACCCUUUCAAGCCCCCGACCGUCUCGUUCGGAACGAAAAUCUACCACCCAAAUGUCACGAAUGACGAAAAGGGGAGUAUGUGCUUGGGAAUGUUGCGGGCGGACGAGUGGAAACCCAGCUCCAAGAUCGCAGCUGUCCUACAAUUCGCACGCCAGCUACUUCAGGAACCCAUGCCCGAUGACGCUAUCGAAGGACGGAUCGCAGAGCAAUACAAGAACGACCGGAAGCGCUACGACGAGAUUGCGAAGGAGUGGACUCGGAAAUGGGCUGUUUCUGAAUAG